CCUGGCUCGCCUUCGCCGCCGCCGGCCUGAUGGCGCUGGCGGGCCUCCUCGCGGCCUCUGAGAAACCUGCCGGUUCCCCCAACUCCACGGACGUCCAGGGAGCCCCCUGGCAGAGCAGGUCAGCCGCUGUGAGCAGAGAGCCGCCUCUGAGGAAGGAGCACCCCUUGCCACCGAGACCCAGCGCCUGGCGAGGGGGGAACGCCUCCACCGCCAAAGCCUCGCAGGCAGCCGGAGCGAAGGAAUCUCAGCUCAAGCCACCUGCCGUUCUCCCAGGCGGCGAUGGAGAGGCGGUCGCUUCUGACCCCCCAGCUGCUGGCAGCCCCCCAGGGGCAAGCGUCACGGUGAGGUACUUUUCUGGCGAGAUGGAGGAGGAGAAAAACGUGUCGGGCCUCUGUCUGGGCUGCCCCGGAGGGACUCUCAGCCAGCCUCAGGAGCCUUUUUUGGGGGGACGCGACGGCAAGGGCCCCCUGGAAGCUUUGUCGGGCGGAACAGGAUUUGCCCAGCCAGCGCAGGGGCAGGAGGAGGGGGCGUGGAAGUUACUUGAUGGGAAAGACGGGGCAGCGGGGAGCCCCCGCCCUGCCCUAGAGAGCCAAGAGGAAGCUGGCAGUGGGGACCAGCCCGCCAAGGCCUCCCCAGAUCAGGGGGAGUUGGCAGAACGGACCACGACGCCAAGGUUUGCGCCAGCAGAGACCAGCUCUCCCACAGGCCUGGGCCACAGUUCGGCUGAGGCAGACCUCCUCCUCGACACGUUUGGGGCGGCGGUGCUGCCGUCCCCCACGAGGGCCGACGUCCAGCCCCCCGAGGAGGGCGGGGCGGUCCCAGAGCAAGACUCCGCCCAGAAGGAGGAGCCUCUGGAGCUGUGGGUGGAGUCUUCCAGCAGCUCGCCGGCCGAGGGCGCGCAAGGCCGCACCGACCUGAGCUGGCCGGGUGCCGAGACCCCCCGGACGGCCGUCACGCCUCCGGUCAAGGCCUCCCCGAAGCCGUCGCAGGACCCUCUGGCCUCCGAGAUCAUCGACAUUGAUUACUAUGACCUGUUUGAUGGGGAACGGCUUGGCGGUGCCGGCCUGGACUCCACCAAGCGGAAGCCGGUGGACGACAAAGGGAUGUCCUGGUCCCUGCACGACCUCUACGAUGACUUCACGCCUUUUGAUGAGUCCGAUUUCUACCCCACAACUUCCUUCUACACCGACGGGGAUGAGGAGGACCUGGACGAGCCGGAGGAAGAAGAGGAGGAGGAAGACGGCGGAGGAGGGCUGGCCAGGGAUCUGGAGGACGAGAACGGCUUCCGGGUCCCCACGCCCGCAACACCCAAGGUCCACACCGCCGUCCAGGAAGUGGAGCCCACCAGCCGCCGCUACGUCGUCCCACCUCUGCAGACUUUUGUCAUCUCCGCGGGCGGCAGCAGGGCCACCCCCAGACCCCGUCCGGCGGAGGUUGGCCGGGACCUCGGCCUGUUGGGCGUCGUGGAGAACGGCACAGAAUGCCGUAGUGGUUUUGUCCGGCACAACAACUCCUGCAAAUCCAUGUGCGACACAUUCCCCAGUUAUUGCCACAACGGGGGCCAGUGCUACCUGGUGGAGAACCUGGGGGCCUUCUGCAGGUGCAACACUCAAGACUACAUCUGGCACAAAGGCAUCCGCUGCGAGUCCAUCAUCACCGACUUCCAGGUGAUGUGCAUAGCCGUGGGCUCGGCCGCCCUGGUGGUCCUCCUCCUCUUCAUGAUGACCGUCUUCUUCGCCAAGAAACUCUACCUGCUCAAAACUGAAAACAGCAAAUUGCGCAAGACCAAAUACCGAACCCCCUCUGAGCUCCACAACGACAACUUCUCGCUGUCCACAAUUGCCGAGGGCUCGCACCCAAAUGACGACCCCAAUGCCCCCCACAAGCUUCAAGACCCCUUGAAGUCCUGCCUGAAAGACGAGGAGUCCUUCAACAUUCAGAACUCCAUGUCUCCCAAACUGGACAACGGCAAAGGGGACCCGGACGACGCAGAGGUGAAUUGCUUGCAGAACAACCUGACAUGAGAGCCCAGAAGGAGAGAAAGAAAGGAGAGA